AUGGGUGAGGCCGGUAAGAACGUUCAGAUCAUCUCCAAGAUCGAGAGCACUGAGGGUCUCAGGAACUUCGAUGAUAUCCUCGAGGCUUCCGAUGCCAUUAUGAUCGCUCGUGGUGAUCUUGGUAUGGAGAUGCCCCCUGAGAAGGUCUUCCUCGCUCAGAAGAUGAUGACUGCUCGCUGCAACCUCGCUGGCAAGCCCGUCAUCACCGCCACUCAGAUGCUCGAGUCCAUGAUCGAGAACCCCAGACCUACUCGUGCUGAGGUCAGUGAUGUUGCUGAUGCUGUUCUCGAUGGUACCGAUGGCGUUAUGCUCUCCGGUGAGGCCGCCAACGGUAAGUUCCCCGUGAACGCCAUUUCGAUCCAGCGCCGCAUCUGCGAGAGUGCCGAGUCUGUCAUCGACUACGAUUCCCUUUACCUCCGCAUUCGUGAGGCUGUCAUGAACCAGCACCCCGAAGGUCUUCCUGUCGCCGAGUCGAUCUGCUCCAACGCUGUUGCUCUCGCCUCUGAGGUCGACGCCUCUCUUAUUCUCGCCCUCAGCCAGACUGGUUCUACUUCUCGUCUUUUGGGCAAGUACCGUCCUCGUCAGCAGAUCUUGUGCGUCACCGAUAACAAGCACGCUGUUGCCCACACCGCUGUGGCUCGUGGUAUCCUCCCCUUCCAGGUUGAGUCCCUUAAGGAUACCGAGACUGUCAUUGCCAAGGCCCUCGAGUACGCCAAGUCUGUUGGCCUCGUGAAGGUUGGUGAUAAGGUUGUUGCCGUUCACGGUAUCAAGGAGAACACUGCUGGUGCCACCAACAUGAUGGAAGUUGUCAAUGUUGAGUAA